UUUUUUUUUUUUACAUUGGUCUAUGUAAAUCCAGGACACUGAAAUUAGUAUGAUAUGUUAAGUAAUCUAAUGUCAGACCAAACAUAAGACAAAAAUGAAAGAAGCGUGGUUGGAUGUAUAAUGCGAAAAUAUAGCAUCCCAAAGGUUGCGUGUUUGAAUCUCAUCACAGACAACUAUAGCAUUUUAGCAACUUUGAAAUUACUUACUACUUUUUAGCUACAUUGCAACUACUUAACAUGGUAGCUAACCCUUUAACCUAACCCCUAGCCCUAACCUUAAUGCCUAACCUAACGUAGCGUAUCAUGCUAAAGCAGUCAAACUUAUCAUACUAAAGGAGUCGAAUGUAGCAUAUCAUACUAAAGCAGUCAAACAAAAUAUGUCAUACUAAAUUAUCAAGACGUAGGAUACUAUACAUCUUGCAAUUCAUAUGAUAUUGGACGACCGCUACAACAUUAAUUGGUCAAUGUAAUGUAACAUAUCACACUAAAUGGAGGUUCUGGAUUGUAGUAGAAUAUAAUACGUUUUGCUCUGAGACCAGGUUGCACUGGGGAGUGCCAAUAUGGCGGACCGAUGGCUUCAAAGCCUCUAUGAUCAACCAUAACAUCAACAAUCUAGGGUUUAUGUAUACAUAAUUGAGUCCAGCUGGCACACAGGUCAGUACAGACGGUGGUGACUGUCAUGUGAGGUAUGGAAAGUAAACAAACAAACAAGCAAAUAGGCUAUAGCGCUAAUCAGAUACAGCACAACGGGCAGCAACCAUGGGAAUCCCCAUGAUCUGAGGUUUCAGAUCGCGAUGAAAGUAGCCUGGUCCUAGGCCAGUUGAAAGGACAUAUCCUAACUGCUGGGGCUUUUAUCAGACUCACAACUACCCUCAACCGACACGAAGAAUGUAACUGCACCGUUACCCAUCAGCAAGGGACUUCUGGGUUGCUGGCGGAAUGUUUAAGGCGGGCACUUCGGCGACCCAGGUGUUUUAGGACAACGUCCGCGGUUCGGCUGCCCUGUUAUCGCCAUAGCCUAAUAUAACAACACAUCAGCCUUAACCGGCGUCUAGCCUGUUUUACCUUCGAUAGUCAAUCGUCGGCGCUUGCAUGCUCUACUGAAGUUAGUUGGAUAGUUUUCCAAAAGGUCGGAUUUACAAUGAAAGCCAAGCCUGGGGUCAUCCUAGUCAUGCUUGCUGCUUUCGUUUAUGUUGCAGCACAGGAUGCUGAAGCCGAGCAAAAUGUUGUGGAAGAGUUAUUUGUGGAAACCUUGGUGAAACCCGAAACUUGCUCUAUAAUGUCAGAAAUGGGAGACACGCUACAAAUCCACUAUACGGGUAAACUGCUGGCAGGUGGCAAGGUGAUUGACUCAUCACUGUCCCGGGACCCCCUUGUUGUUGUGCUGGGAAAGAGGACAGUUAUCCCUGGUCUGGAACAGAGCUUGGUAGGAGUUUGUGAAGGACAAAAAAUCAAGACCACUAUUCCACCACACCUUGCCUAUGGAAAGCGAGGAUACCCUCCCACCAUCCCAGCUGAUGCUGCCCUAGAGUUUGAAGUGGAGGUGAUGUCACUGAUCCAGGUAACCCCAUGGCAGAAGAUGGGGAACGAUGUCUUCCCUCUAGUGUGUCUGGGCCUGGUUCCCACUCUGCUGGGCAUGGUGGGCCUCUACCUCUAUAACAAGGCCAAUGCCCAGCGGCCAGGCAAGAAGGCCAAGAAGAGAAAGAAUAAAUAAAGGAAACUCACAGAACUAUUUAAAUAAUAAAAUGUAAAAACAACAAGGGAACGUUGUUAUUAUCGGA